UCACGUGUAGACUUCGCUGGCGGGUGUCAGAUGUCGCUAGUUUUGCUUCCUUAAGUCAUGGCGGAUUUUUUCAUUAAUUUAUAGAUUUACUUUCGAAUUCGUGGGUAGAUUUAUUAUAGCCGGCGUCGAAAUAAUAAAUGCUCGAUCUGUUCGCAAAGAGGGAGCUCAGAGACAAGCACGUUGAACAAUCUUCGAUAUUAUUAGCGACAUCAGCCAUCGACAUAUCAAGAAAAGACGUUUGACGGAUCGUCUCGAAUUUCGGUGGUGUAGUAAAUAAGAAGAAAAUUAAAUUUCGACGUCGCUUUAAAAAUUACGUGUAUAAUGACACAAUAAUCGAUUGAAGAUAAUAGACGUCAUCAAUUUUAGCGGUCGGAGCAAAGACGUCGAGGCAAUAUGAAUGAAGGUGCACCUAUAGUAUAUCAUGGGAACGGUGGGUUCGAAGGUCCAGGAAUAUACAUGAUACCAGGUCACGUAGAGAGACAGACUCCACGGCAUUAUCCUCUAGAAAUGCUGCAAGUGAUGGGUGGCUUAGGUUCUCGAGGAGGGGGCUCUCCUGGACACGGCACGCCAAGGCGAUGGCAACCUCGUAAGGAACGCCAGCCUCCUAAGACAGAUAACACUGCUUUUGGGUAUGAUUCUGAUGACUCCAGCCUUUCCAGUAAUGCUUCUGGCUCAAAUAAAUCAAGUGAUAAAGCUAUUUCAGGUGAAGGUAGUCGUGAUCGUGAAGUCGGUACGGUCUCCCGCGAGUGGCGCGGCCGAGGUCGGCGUGAACAGCGACAACGUCGAAUCGCACCGGAGCGGUAUCUGAGUGCGGCAUACCCAUUCCAGGUGAAAUUUACACCGGAUGACCUCCUGAACGGAUCAAAAUGGGACACUUUGUCACAGGAGAUUUGGGACAAAUUCGUUAAAUCUCAGCAGACGGAGGAGACAUUCCGAAAGAAAAUGAAUUUAUGGAGAUAUCUUUACAUUACUAUUAAGUCAAUAUUUCCCCGCUACGGCUUAUACGUGGUAGGAUCAACGAUGUCCGGUUUCGGGUUAGACUCGUCAGAUAUGGACCUUUGCCUGUACGUACGUGCGUUAGCCGAUUUGGAACCGAGAGCGCAUGCUCUGUUACAUCUCAACUAUAUUCUCAAUUAUAUCAAAAGCUUUGAUCCUGGUGCGGAAUUAAUCCAGGCCAAAGUGCCAAUUUUGAAGUUUCGCGACGAACGUAAUGGGCUUCAAGUCGACUUGAACUGUAACAAUGUGGUUGGCAUCCGCAACACAAACCUCCUCUAUUGCUAUUCUAGAAUGGACUGGCGCGUCCGGCCGCUCGUGGCGAUCACGAAGCUGUGGGCGCGCGCGCACCGCAUCAACGACGCGCGCCGGCGCACGCUCUCCUCCUACGCGCUCACGCUCAUGGUGCUGCACUUCCUGCAGUGUGGCACGAGUCCGGCGGUGCUCCCGCGCGCGGGCGAGGCGGCUCGUCCGCGGCCGCACAACCGCUGCACGCUCGCCGAGCUCUUUCUGCAAAUGCUCAAGUACUACGCGGAGUUCCCGUACGAGCAGAUGGCGGUGUCGGUGCGCGCGGCGCGGCGCGUGCCGGUGUGGGAGUGCCGCGCGCGCGCCGCGCUGGCGCCGCACGCCGACCCCUCGCACUGGAAACUGCUCUGUGUGGAAGAACCAUUCGACUUAACUAACACUGCUCGGUCAGUAUACGACCCGGAGACUUUCGAGAAAAUAGUAACCACUUUCCGCGAGAGCUACGCGCGACUGAGCGCCGGCCUACGCCUGCAGGACGCGUGGCCGCAGCGAUGAUACCGAGCGCGCCCGCGCCGUGCGUGCAGCAGCGUGCAGAGUCGUGCGAGCAGCAGCGUGCAGAGUCGUGCGUGCAGUGUCCGUGCGUGUAGUGGCGCGCCGUGGCGUGCGUGUAAUGUGUCGGGGCGCGGCUGGCCCACGGCCCUCUGGGAAGUGACCUAGUGCUGUGCAACUGGAACAUAAUUAUCUUAACUACCCUAAGUUUCCUCCACACCAAAGUGAUGUUAAAAAUUCUCGUGCCAUUAUUAGGGAACAGUGAUCGAUAUAGAGGCUGUAUUUAUUAUGCUAUAAGGACCGAUGCGAUUAGAGCGACUUUGGAUGUAAAUAUAGCUAAAGGCCGUUUAAUGAGAGCCUUAGAUUAUACAAAGACGCGAUAGGAACCAAAAUCUUCUGUGUUUAUAUGAUAUAUUUUUAAACAAAAAUAGUGAAAUAUAUAUUGAAGCAUGACUCUAGUAAGUGCUAUAUGAUAAAUAAUAUAGGAUACAGUCCCAAAUAGAGCCAGUAAAAACAAAACAAUAAAUAAUUAACCUCACGGGCUGUGAUAUGCGACUGAUUCCCAUGUAAAUAUUACAUAGAUAUAGCAUAGUACUUAGACAUGUGUUCGAAGAAAUUCGAGAUAAUUGUACAAGUCUCUCCCAUCAAAAAGCUAGUACUCGGGAACAGAAACAUAGAUAAUAACAUCAGUGCAGCUAAAUUACACUCUAAAUAAAUAUAUACUAUAAUCACUUAAAUGUUUUAAUAAAGUACAUAUUUAGACUGAAAGUUUAGCCGCAGUGAUAACAUGUUAAUAAUACCUAGUCGAUUAAAAGUCCUUAGUUAUUAAAACAACAGUUAAAUUUAGUUCCUAACCUUGCUGUUAUCUCCACUAUGUUAGCCACUAAUAAUGUUAAGUCGAUAUUGUUAAAUAGUACCAUAUUUUAUAUUUAUUUAUACAUAAACAGAUGCCACUAUGAAAAUAUGUUUGAACCCCAUAGUGUCAUGUGGUCCAGUGAAAUAGGGAUAGGAACGGCCAUAUUUAUUUGAAAAGGCCAUCACAAUUUACUCAUAAGUUAGAGCUUAAAUCUGAAGUAACCUUAAAUACUUAUAAAGAAAUAUUAGUUACAAAAUUAUAGAGUUCACAAAUAACUGUUUGAAAAUGUUACCAUAAUAAAAACUUUGUCUCCUGUUGAUUGUAUUCAACACGACUGAUCGACUUGUUAACGGCUAAUAAACACAACACGCUGGUUGUUUUGAGACAAUAACUGCAAAUGCAUUUCCCAAUGACAUUUUAUAUACAUGUAUAUAUAAUAAAACGGUGCUGCGUCCAUGCGUCCUAUUCGUUUUUAAUAUUUAUAUUGUUUAUUUAUAAGUUAUUUAUUAUGUGUAUAGUGAGGAUGGAGAGAAACAAAAAAUAUUCAAAUGUUUUACGAUUGAGUUUAUGUAAAUAGUAUACAUAUGGCGAGUAAAGAGUAAAUAGCAAAAAAAAAACUGAACUUUAUGUAUAAUCUGUGUUUAGUUUUAAGCUUGGCGGUGCAUCGGUGUGUUGAAUUUGUAUAACAUCGCGUUGCGUAGGGCUGUAUCAUUCUUUAAAUAUCGAUAUUAAAAAAAUUGCUUCAUUGGAUUCGUUCAAAUAUGUUCAAGACCUUGAGAAAACAUUCCAUUACCAUCAAAAUAUUAUUUAGAUAUUGUCACAUAACUAAUAUUGCAGCCAUCUUGUAGCAGUUAAAACAUUCAGUCAUUUUAUCAAAAAAGGGUGCUACUUUUCGUAAAUUCUGCUAAAUGCAUGUUUUUUUAAUGUUAAAAAGUUAGCUAGAAGUAAUGUAACGAAAGUUAUGGUGCUAAUUUGUUGUGUUGCCUUACAGUAUACAUAAAGCUAAGCCAACUAAGCUACAUUUUUGACAUUAAUAUAGUCACUUAUAUAGGCUUCCACCUCAGAAUUCCUAUAUUGAGGUUAAUUAUAAGUGAGGCAUAUCUUUAAAAUAAACGAAAAGAUUGUACAAUUGUUAUAUCUUAGCAUAUAGGAAUUCUUUAUGAAAUGUUGUUAAGAUGUACACCAACCGUGUUGAAACAGUCAUACAGUUAUACAGACUAGAUGAAAUAUUGUUUUAUAUAACUAUUUUAUCUUUUUUUAAACCAUGAGUUAUAAAUAAAUAAAAUCUUAAAUUUAAUAUAGAGUAUUAUACGUUUGCUUUUUCCGAUAAUUAAUUGUAAAUCUAAAAGUAUGUACUUACAUUUAUUUAUUGCUUUUAAUUUUUUUCUUAAUUCUACAGCCCUCUAAACGCUUCUUACCCCAUGCAUUAGACAUUUUCGCCUGGCAAUUAUAUAAGCAUUGUUAAAAUAAGUUUUAUAUUGAUUUUAUGUAAGAGGCACUUUGCCGCGCUGAAUAUUAAAAGUACAAUAAAUAAUAUAAAAAAUGAAUAUUCUCUAAGAAAACUGUUUAUAUAUAAUAGUGUCUCAAAAGAUAUUAAUUUUAAAAAAUUGUAUAAAAAAACAAAAAGCGAAAAUAUAUAUUUAAAAAAAAUACAAAAAAAUAAAAAAAAUCCUUAAAAAAAUAUACACAAAAAAUAAAACAACGAAAAAUUUCUACUUUGACUUUUUAUGGGGCAUUUUAAUAUCAUGCAUGUUUAUGUAAAGUAUUAAUUGCUCUUGCCUUGAAAAUGGCACAUGCUAGGAUGUGGAAUUUAAAACAAAAUUGACAGAUUAUUUGACAUAGUCUAUAAUUUGUAUAUAUUUUUUUUAAAAAUCGCAAUCUAGCAUUAGAACAAUUAUGACAGGACUUGUUAAUGAACAACAAAAUAGCACAAUAUAAUAUUUUAUCAUUUACAUUAAAUCAUUUAUUUAGCUAAUCUUGUUUUAUGAUUAUUUUGUACUGCAAGUAUUUAAAAGUGUCUGGUCUAAAUAGUAAUUUUUACAAAUAAAUAAAAUUCAGUUUUUAACUCGUACACUAAUCUCAACAUAUUCCAGCUUACAAAAUAUAUUUCAAAUAAUAAUUUUUUAUUGCAUUUCAAUUAAGGUUUGACCUAAUAAUAAAUCGUCACUGCCAGGUUGGUGUGCAUUUAAAAAAUUAGGCAGUUAUUGAUACUAUUUAGAAUUGUAACUUAAUUAAAGUAAAUCUCUUGUGUAAGUUUUCUUUGUGUGAAAACAUCGCAAAAACUUGAUAAAUUUAACUUUACCUUAUACUAUCGUUUGUCGUUCAAAAGAAUUAAGUGCAAUAAUGAAAUUGUUAACCUUUUUAAACUAUUUUCUGUAUCGCCAUAAUUAUUCAUUUAUUUUCAUCCCAAAAUUAUCUAUAAAAAUGUUGAAUUAAAUAAUAUUAAACAGUGCAUGUUGGUAUUGUCAGUCUAUAUAUAUAUUUUUUAAAUAAUAAUCCUGUAACGUUUAAAUAAGGCAAAAUAUACAUAUUGCAUUUUAUUUUUUUGAGCGCAGACAACAUUGUACAAAAUUACUGUAAUGAAUAAACAAUAAAUUAUAUACAAACUGCC